AGGUGGAGGAGGAGGAGGAGGAGGAGGAGGGUGGUUUGUCUUCGACUACACGCACACACACACACGUUCGGAGGAAGAGUGGGUCUCUCCUCUCUCUCGCGUGGGGAGAGCUGUUCGCCUCGCCUCGCCUCGCCUCGCCUUGCCGCACCACCACUGGCUGGGGCCAGCACGCCACUUCCGGGAUCCGUCAUUGCGCUCGCCCACCGCUCGGUGCGCUCGGUGCGCUCGCUCAGUUGUGUUCGGAGUACGCGAGCCGGCGGCCGCCAAGCUGACAACACUCGCUGACACUCAUCCGCUCACCAGCCAGCAACAAAACAUCCCACAGACCCACAGACCCACCGACCGGCGGACCUGGACAGACUUUUUUUUUCUUUUUUUUUUUUUUUUUUUUUUUGUGUUAUUGUUUCCUUUUUUUUUUGUAUUUCUUUUUUAGCCUCCUCCCUCUCCGUCCGCGUGUGCGAAAAGUCCACAGUGGGGCGAAGCAGACAUUUAAAGGAGACAGAGCGGUGAGAGGACUUACGAGGGGGAGGACGACACCGGACUAACGCGCACGGCACCCGAAAAAAACACACACAAGAAGAGAGAGAGAGAGAGAGGGAGUGAGAGGGAGAGAGAAAAAACUUGAACAUCAUCGCCGAGCGUCAUUCAUUCAUUACCUUGACAACCUCUGGCUUUGAUUGACAGCCGGAGUGGCAAAAAGCCAUGAUAGACGCGACAGUUGACUUUACGCGUUGAUGGGCCCAUUGUAAACCUUUUUUUUUUUUUUUUUUUUUUCGCCCUCUCUUUCCCCUCUCUCCUUAUUUUUUGACACUUUUUAAAAAUAUAUAUUAUUCCUGGGAGGACAAUCCGAUGCGACGAUUGCAACGCAACCGCCCUGGUGAAUAGGAGAAUUCGCCUGAACAAAACAAAAAGUUAAGUCGAAAAAAGGUGGAGGCGAAAGAGAGAGCUGGGAUUUUUUUUUUCCCACGCGGACGAGUGGGAUAUUAAAUAUUAUACACACACACACACAAAAACAAAAAUCAGCACGGCAUAUUAAGGAGUUUAUUGGAGCCUGAUGGCGCAAAGGUACGACGAGCUGGCCCACUACGGGGGCAUGGACGGCGUAUCGGCGUCCAUGUACGGGGACCCGCACGCGCCCCGGCCGCUCCCGCAGGUCCACCACCUCAACCACGGACCGCCGCUGCACGCCAGCCAGCACUACGGAGCCCACGCUCCGCACCCCAACGUCAUGCCCACCAGCAUGGGCUCGGCCGUCAACGACGUCCUAAAGAGGGAUAAGGACCAGAUUUAUGGGCAUCCCCUCUUCCCGCUGCUCGCUCUGGUCUUCGAGAAGUGCGAACUGGCGACGUGCACGCCGAGGGAACCCGGCGUGGCCGGGGGAGACGUGUGCUCCUCGGACUCCUUCAACGAGGACAUCGCGGUGUUCGCCAAACAGGUGCGAGCAGAAAAACCUUUAUUUUCAUCAAAUCCAGAGUUGGACAAUUUGAUGAUACAAGCCAUACAAGUAUUACGGUUUCACCUCUUGGAAUUAGAAAAGGUUCACGAGCUUUGCGACAAUUUCUGCCAUCGGUACAUCAGCUGUUUGAAAGGAAAAAUGCCAAUAGAUUUAGUGAUCGACGAGCGGGAUGGAAGCUCCAAAUCGGACCACGAAGAGCUUUCAGGCUCGUCGACGAAUCUCGCUGAUCAUAACCCGGCGUCCUGGAGAGACCACGACGACGCCACGUCCACGCACUCGGCCGGCACGCCGGGGCCCUCCAGCGGGGGCCACGCGUCGCAGAGCGGCGACAACAGCAGCGAACAAGGCUUUAUUUUCCGCCCAGGAGAUGGUUUAGACAACAGCGUGGCAUCGCCCGGCACAGGGGACGAUGACGACCCGGACAAGGACAAGAAGAGGCAGAAGAAACGCGGGAUUUUCCCCAAAGUGGCCACCAACAUCAUGAGGGCGUGGCUCUUUCAGCAUCUAACGCACCCGUACCCGUCUGAAGAGCAGAAGAAGCAGCUAGCCCAAGACACGGGCCUCACCAUCUUACAAGUAAAUAACUGGUUCAUUAAUGCCAGGAGAAGAAUAGUACAGCCCAUGAUUGACCAGUCGAAUCGAGCAGGUUUUCUUCUUGAUCCUUCAGUGAGCCAAGGAGCAGCGUACAGUCCCGAAGGCCAGCCCAUGGGCAGCUUCGUGCUGGACGGGCAGCAGCACAUGGGGAUCCGGCCGGGCGGUCUGCCAGCUCUGCCAGGCGUGCCGGCCGACUACGUACCUCAGAGCGGUCCUAUGGGCGUGAGCAUGGCCCCGGCCCCUUACAGCAACCCCCGUCAGAUGACCUCCUACCCCGGCCAGCUGCGUCACGUGCACCCUCCUCUCCACGCGUACCCCCACCACCAUCACCGCGCCAUGCUAAUGCACGGAGGAGGCUCCUCAUCCCACCCGGGGAUGUCUGCGCAGAGACCCCCCUUGCUCACGCCCAUGGACCCCGCCACUGCAGGACCGGGCCUGGACAUCCACGCCUGACAGUCAGAAGGGAAACUUUUGUUGGGCGACCGCCGCGGCCACUUUUUAAAUAAAGAAAGAGGGAAAAAAAGGCAGUGGCGCCAUUUUUUGAGACUUAUUUUUUAAGAGUAACAAUCGAAAAAGCCUUUGGAGCAGAACUGAAGAAUUCCAGACAAACUGUGACAACCACAACUUUUUGUUUUUUCUUUUUUUCUAACAUUUGUUACAUUUUGACCCGAGCGGAGGACCAAGUUGACUUUAUAAAGUCUUGGGCUUUAAAAAAAAAAAAAAAAAAAAACCCCACAAAAACAAAAAACUCAAAACACUCUUUUCAUGUGGCGCUUCUAAAAAAGAGAGAAACAUCACUCUGGAAGACUUUUAAAAGGAAAAAACAAACUCCAAGAGUUAUAACUACUGUAGUAUAAUUAAAAAAUAUAUAUAGGUAAAUAAGUUAAAACUUGUUUUGGAUCACAUGUUGGUUUUGUUUGUUUGUUUGUUUGUUUUCUUUUAGCUUUUAGGAUUUAACCCUUUUCGGAGGAUUCGCAGCACAGCACUAUGUCAACAAAGAAGAUGGAACAUCUCAAAAGGCUUCAACAUGGGCCACAAGGUCCUAAACAUCCCCUCACCCCCCCCCCCCCAAGGCAUGAUGGGAAAGGGCUGCUAGAUGACACCUUUGAAGAUUUGUCAUGCCUUUUUUUUUUUUUUUUUUUUUAACUCUAAAGGCUCUUGAAUGAAUGUUUUUAAAGGAAAAAAAACAUUGUUUAAAAUUGCCCAAGCACUGGAUUGUGUUGGUUUUUAUACUUUUUUUUGUUUUGUUUUGUUUUUUUCUACUUUGGGACUCUCACCGUUAAAGAGCCGAGUGAAGGAAGAAAUGGGGAAGAAAAGCGAACACACACACACACACACACAUAUGGACACACGUUGAUUGUGCAGCACUGGAGAGAAGCUAUUGAUGCACCAAAAAGAGAAAAGAAAAAAAAAAACUUAAAUUAUGAAAAUGCUUUUUGGGGGGUUGAAACAACACACACACAUUUAAAAAAAAAAAAAAAAAAAAAAAAAAAAAAGCUGAGAGACUAUUGUAACAAACUUCGUACAGAGUUCAAGUCUAUUAAUUGUUUCCUGUUAGAUAUUCUAUGUGUUUACCUCAAUUGAAAAAGAAUGUUUUUUGCUAGUUUCAGAUCUGCUGUGGCAUUGAUAUUGUAUAUGUCCAUGAAUUCCUUCCUCUUCUGUUGUUUUAUUUUGUUUGUUUCUGUUUUGUUGUUUGUUUUCUCAGCACGUGUUCCUCACUAGAAGAUUCCGUCUCCCUUAAAAGCUUUGUCAAAAAUUUACAAAAACAAACAAAAACAAAACGUAACAUUAAAAAAAAACACAUUAAAAAAAUACUUGUAUGAGGACUGUGACGUAUUGUUUUAAAAGGUGUUCAGUCACAAAAUGCUGUAAUAAAUAUUUCAUUUUUGA